AUGCAGUUCUCUGUCGUGCAGCUUUUUGCGCUGCUCUCUCUGAGCGCUCAUACACUUGCUUUCAACAAGAGAGCAAUCAACGCUUUCAAACGACCUCACGACGUGUGGUCGCAGGUUCUCCAUGAGCGAGCGCCAGUACCGCCAGCUCAUCAAGCUCAUCCGAUUCAAAAAGAACGACGUGUUCCCCCUCCCAAGUCCUCUCGGAAACAAAAGCGAGCCUCACCGUACCUGAAUGCAAACACCGAAAAGUUCGUGGUCGACGGCACGGCUAUUCCGGACGUCAAUUUCGAUAUUGGAGAGUCAUAUGCAGGACUCCUACCAAUUUCAGACGAUCCCAAUGAAACUCGACAGCUCUUUUUCUGGUUCUUCCCCAGCUCCAAUCCCGCCGCGGCGAACGAAGUGACCAUUUGGUUCAACGGUGGCCCGGGAUGCAGUUCGUUGAGUGGCCUUCUCACCGAGAAUGGACCAUUUUUGUGGCAAGCUGGCACUCUCGCUCCCACGCCAAAUACCUACAGUUGGUCAAACUUGACCAAUAUGCUAUGGGUAGAGCAACCUAUAGGCGUAGGAUACACACAGGGUGUUCCCAACAUCACCAAUGAAGUUGAGCUCGGUCUGGAAUUCAUUGGCUUCUAUAAGCAAUUCGUGGACGCCUUUGGUCUGCAGAACCGAAAAGUUUAUCUCACCGGAGAAUCAUAUGCCGGGUAUUACGUGCCCUACAUCGCGGAUGCUUUCAUCACGGCCGACGACACGGAGUAUUACAACCUGGCAGGCGUAGGGAUCAAUGACCCCAUUGUCGGAGACGAAACAAUUCAACAACAAGUGGUGAUAUCCCCCUUCGUGGACUAUUGGAGCCAUCUAUUUUAUCUCAAUGCAUCUUUGACCGCCGCCAUGCACGAUCUUCACGAUUACUGUAACUACAGCUCCUAUUGGGACCUCUUCUUCACAUUUCCGCCACCGUCGGAACCGUUCCCUGUGCUCCCAGAUCCUUUCACGAGCGACGACUCUACCUGUGACAUCAUUGACCUUGUGUAUGCAGCGGCUCUCGAAGUCAACCCAUGCUUCAACAUCUAUCACAUUACCGAUACCUGCCCCUUCGUCUAUGGACACCUCGGCAUCGUCAACUCAGGUGACUAUCUGCCACCCGGAGCGAACGUCUACUUCAAUCGCACCGACGUUCAAGCAGCAAUCAAUGCGCCAGUGGGUACCAACUGGAUGCAGUGCACAGAUAUCAACGUGUUUGGAAAUGGAGACAACGAUAACGAGACCCUCCAAGACAUGUCUCUUGCUCCGGCGCAAAACGAGGUAUUGCAAAGAGUCAUCGAGUACACGAACAACACUAUGAUUGGCGUUGGAAAUCUCGAUUUCUUACUUGUUCCCAACGGCACACUAUUUGCGCUGCAGAAUGUCACCUGGAACAACGCGAAAGGCUUCCAAUCCUACCCGCAAGGCGAGCCGUUCUACGUUCCCUAUCACCCCGAAACGAACCUCGGACGUGCCUCUGAGGCAGGCAUCGUCGGGUACUGGGGCACCGAGCGCGGACUGACGUUCUACACUGUCCAGCUUUCCGGUCAUGAACUCCCCGGCUAUGCAGCUGGUAGUGGGUAUCGCAUGCUCGAAGUGCUUUUGGGGCGUGUACCGAAUCUGAGCACCAGAGGCGACUUCACGACGCAGACGGGAAAUUUCACAGGCUAA